AUGCCUAAUCAUAAAACAAAGUGGUAUUUAGAAGUUUUUUUUUUAAUACUAAAUCACACACCCAAACCAAUAGUAUCUUUUUUAAAUGUUGUUUUCGAAAUUAUAGGGUUUUGGUGGUACGAUGUUAUAAUAAGAAUAUUUAGGCCCAAAUCCAGAGUAUUAUAUAAACAAAAAAUAGAGGCUUUGAAUAAAUCAACAAGCCUAGAAGAUUGGAUAUUUAAUGCGAAUGAAGUUGAUAAAUUAACUGGUGCAGAUUUAUGGAGAAUAAAUUUCACUUCAAAAAGAUAUGAUUUUGAAAGUGUUUUAGACCAAUACACCGCCAUAUCAGAGGCUUUUGAUAAAACAGGCGAUUUCCAAACACUAGAACAUAUUUUCACAACAUCAAGCCCCUUAAUGUUAAGGAAUUACGCGGGUAUAGGCGACAAAAGAUUAUUUUCUAAAAGUUUACUAGGCACAAAAGUUUUAAUCGAACAAUACUUGAAUAAAAUUUUGGAAAUAUUGGAUUUUUUCGAAAAAAAUGAUCUAAGCAACUAUGGAAUUAAAAACUCUUUUUACCAUAGAUGCAAAUUAUCAUUGGGCACGACAGCCUUGAUUCUACAAGGGGGAUCCCUAUUUGGAUUGUAUCAUCUAGGCGUGAUAAAAGCACUUUCAAUUAAUCAAUGCUUGCCUCGAAUUAUAAGCGGCAGCUCUAUGGGUGCAUGCAUUGCUGCACUCUGUUGCUGUUUAGAACCUAAAAAGGCUUUGAAUAUAUUUGAUGCAGACGUAUUAGUGAAACUAAUUAGGGAUGAUGUUGACUUGUUAAAAGAAUGCGGUUAUGGAACUUUAGAUGAUGAUUUGAAUAUUGGCAGUUUGAUACAAAACAUCGUAUACAAGGGGUAUUCCAAGGAUGUUUAUUUAGUUUACAGAUUUAUUAUUAAGCAUAUUGUAAAAGAAUUGACCUUUGAUGAAUCGUUUAGUGUUUCAGGUAGAGUUUUAAACAUUGUGGUACAUCCUGAUGACAAGGGUGCAUGCCCCAACUUGUUGAAUUAUGUAACAACGCCAAACGUUUUAAUAUCUUCUGCUAUUGAGUGCAGCUUAGGCACAGAAGCCAUUCCGUCUGCAAAACUAUUAUGCAAAAAUAUAGAUGGAGAAAUUGUGGAGUAUAUAUCUGGUGUCAAAGUUGAAUUUUAUACGCCUCAGCAAGACAUUGAAAUGUUAAAUAAAACCAGAAGUCCUUACACCAGGUUAACAGAGUUGUUUAAUGUCAAUAAUUUUAUUAUCUCUUUGGCAAGACCAUAUCUAGCGCCCUUGGUUACUAAUGAUUUGAAACAUGAAAUUAAAACGACAAAGUAUUAUUAUUAUAAAAAUCAACAGAAUCAUGAAAACAACAGUAUUUCUGGUAAAAUCAAUGCAAACACUGACAUUCACGGCAACACUAAGUUGACAAGUGCUGAAAACAUGCUUGUUAUGAAUGGAAAUCUCGAACAGGAAGAUGAACUAUUGGCGAUUAAAAUGAAAUACCAUGUAGAGAAAAAAUUGAAACAAGUAUUAACGAUGGAAUUAAGGCAUAGGGUUGAAGUAUUGGAUAUGCUAGGGUUAUUGAGCCCUUGGAUUAAGAAACUAACUAUUGAUGAAAAGACACCAAAAAGCGCCACUGAGGUUACAAUAGUACCACAAACAAAUGAUAUUUCCGUAACAAGAAUCAUUGAAGGAAGGUUGGAUAAUAUUCCACACUGGAUAUUGUGUGGAGAGAGAAGUUGUUGGCCUGUUUUGGCGUUAAUUAAAACAAGAUGUAGCAUUGAAUUUAAAUUAGAUGAAAUUAUACAACUGAGGUAUGAACAACAAAUAGCUAACAUAAACGCUAGAAACCUUUAUAAGCUUACAUAG